AAGUAGUACACGUUUCUGCAAGCAGGAAGAAGCCCUAUCCUGUUUGUAAUGGAUAAUUGGUUAAUCAGAUUCAGAUAAUAGUACAUGAGCUAGGCAGACUGUGAACGUUUUAUAGCAUUUUAAGAAGUGUGAAAUUAAUAUUCACAAUGCCAUCAAGAAAUAGUGAAGGUCUUUUGGCCCGAGUAAACUUUCCCCUGUAUACUUUGCAGAUGCUUACAAGUAGACAUGUCAUUGUAGGUGGUGGUGGAGGUUCGUCAAAAACUGGUGUAGCCAAUGGAUUUGAAAUAUUUGAACUAUCGUUCAAUGGAAAGAGGUUUGUCGUGGAGGAGAUGAUGCGACAUGAAACAGGACCUAGUGUUGUAAUGAACUGUGCUUGUAUCAGCACACCGAAGAAAAUCUACUUGGUCGCUGGACAGGAGAGCCACUGUCAGCUCUAUACUGUCACUUCAGAAAUUGUUUCAAGAAAGCGGAACACAAGCACAAGUGUGUCCAAUGAGACCAGUCAGAAAAAAGAGGGUUCAGUUCGGAGAAGGACAACGUCAAAAUCAAAGAGUACAAGUGAAGAACAUCCUCCUCCAAAACCCAAUGUGGUGCAUGAUAAAUUAGAUAGUCCUUCCAAACGACAUUUAGAAUUUCGCAUAACACCAUCAGAUAGUGUACAAACUGAUUUCAGCCCCGAGCCGCUACAGAGGGUGGUGCGAAUUAGUCCAUCGGGUCAAAUGAUGGCGACAGGGGGUACAGAUGGUCAUGUCUUGCUGUGGAAGUUUCCCAGUCUCCGGCCUUUACUAGACAUCACAGCCCAUCACCGAGAGAUAGAUGACUUGGACUUCAGCCCCGACAACACUGCGGUGGCCUCAGUGUCCAAGGAUGGGAGGGGAUAUGUGUGGUGUGUGAAGACUGGGAACAAGUUGAAAGAUAUAGAAUGGACACCCACCAAUGGAACAAAGUAUCUGUACAAACGCUGCAGGUAUGGGAGGGUGGAGGAAGAUCCCAAGCGGAGUCGACUGUUUCUGAUCUGUAACCCUGCGAGCCGUGUGGGUCGGCAGGUUGCCUAUAUACACCUGUGGGACACAACACAGUCGCGUGUUACACGAUCAGCUACUGUGGACGAGAGCUUGUCUGCGCUGGCUGUGCGCGACGACGGACGUUUCCUCGCUGUAGGCACCAUGUUUACUGGCAGUGUUAGCAUUUACAUUGCCUUCAGCUUGCAGAGGGUCUUGAAUGUGAAAGAGGCACACAGUAUGUUUGUGACGGGGCUGGAAUUCCUGCCAGCAGUGAGCGAAGAGACUUCUAUCACGACCGUGUCCGAAGCUGCUGUAAUCAGCAUCUCCGUUGAUAACAGAGUCUGCAUCCACAAUCUUCCGUACAGGCGAACUCUUCCGUCCUGGCUGGUCCUGAUCCUCAUCAUCAUCACACUGUUUGCAACCUUUGUUUUCUGCAGUGUCAUUGGAUUAUGACACCAAAGGAGUCGUAGUCUUUCCUCUUAGUUUCUUUGUUGUGUAUUGUGAGUACUUCCCCCUACAUCGUACUGUAAAAGUGAGAAACAAGGAUAAAAAUCAAGAGAAUCGUACUUUAGUGAACUUUGACAUGCUCAUAUAUUGAGUUGGAAAACGAAGUGUGAAUUCCAGUUGAUUUGGAAAAGUGUACAGAUUUGAUUUAAUAUUCUUUUUGCCAGUGAAACAUAUUUUAAGAAAGAUUUUUGGAAUAUGAAUAAUGUAAGUUUUGAAGUUUCCUUCUAUAGUUGAGGAUUAUAAUUAGUAAUUUGAGAUUCUUGUUUCUACUUAUAAUAAUCGGAUUAUGAAUACAAGUCACUUAGUCUUACUUAGUGUUAUAGACGUAGUUCUCAGCCAAUAUAUAGGAUACUUUUUAACCUGAAUGCAAGCUGCCAUCAAAUUGGAACUAUUACCCUCUGUUUUAGUUGUAUGAUUAUGUGUCUGAUAGUUUUAUUUAAUCUUGAUUUUAAAAAGUUUAAUUCUAUUAAUUUAAACUUGUUUGGAACGAAAGCCUGCAAAAGAUUGAUUUUGUAAUAAAUGUGAUGUCACUUUUAA